CCUUUUCUGUCUCUUCUUCCACCCACCCAGCCAUCUGCCCUUCUUCCAACUCCAGUCACUCUUUACCCACCUUCUCUUACAUCACACACAAUGCUCUUUGGUAACGUCCUCUCCCUCCUCGCCGUCGCCGGCUCCGUCUCUGCCACCGGCCUGCUCGGCCUCGACCUCGGUGCCACGGUCAAUGUCGGUGUGGGCCUCGACCUCCGCCUCGGUGCUCCUGCCAGCGUGCGCGACAGCUGUGCGAACAAGGGUGAUUUCCUCACCGAGAUUCUUGGUAGAGUCAUUUGCUCUUCUAACGACACCCGUACCGAGCCCGAGGACGGUUUGACUUGCCCCAAGGGAUGGUCGAUGCACAAGGAGGAAAAGUGCUGUAUCCCUUCCACCGAGACUGCUCCCUGCGACUGCGGCGAAGGCUACACCUACAACGACCAGAACAAGAAGUGCGACAAAGUCCAAGGCAACUGCCCCGACAACCAAUGGUACCAUCGCCGCUCAUCUUCUUGCAUCGACAACUCGAAGCCGAGCGACCCCAUCUCUGACAUUCUCUGCCCCUUGGUCGGAUGGGUCUUGCGCCGUGACAGGUGUGAGCCCGAGAAUGAGCACAGCCCGGAGCCUUCUACUUGUCCUGAGGGUCACGAGUGGAGCCCUCAGUCUUGCACUUGUGGUGGCGGCGGGUCUCCUUCUCAGCGCGCUCUUGCUGCUCGUCACACUGGUAUCCUCUAUGGCGCCAACAGCUUCAAGGCCCGACAGCUCGUCCACUAG